CCCGUACAACGGUCUCUGUUGCAGUAGGGAACCAUUAGCGGACGGACACUGCUGGUUUUCGAGCAAAAGACAACAAACCAGUUUUCUACAGUUAGCUAUGUUUUAUGUCACCUAAAUUGAUUAUGUUAAUAGGUAACGUCAGUUAUAAAUCAAGAUGUUGGUAUAUUACUAGCUAAACAAUAGUAGUGUUUGUCAUACAGGCUUAGCUGUAAUUUUCUCGGAAUAGCUUUAUGGUAUUUUUAGCUAGAUAGCUAAUGUUAGAAGCUAGUCAUGCAAUGGUAUCGAUUCUGCUAGUAGGCGUAAACCGCAUUAGCAUUGUCGAAUGUUAAGUCAAGCUACGCGUUGACAGGUCGCAAACCGCAAUACUGUAUAUGACGUCAAAAUUAUAACUUGGGCGUUCCUAACUAACGUUACAUUAGGUAACGUUAGAGGAUACACACACACACGCGUCUGCUUAACGUUAGCGUGUAGCUAACUUACACAAUCAUUUGUGCUAUUUAAGCAACGUUGGAAAGUAACGUUAGAAUGUGACAACAAUGGCUAAAGCUCGUUGCCUGCCAGUGUAGCUGCUGCUUUGGCAGUGAAGGCAUGCAUGACUUGAAGUGUCCAUUGUUCAAGAGAAUCCUAUCCACUUUAUACUGGUGAGAAAUUACCAUCAGUGAGAUAUUUGGGCUUGUUUUACUGCAAAAUGCCUGGAAUCGUGGUGUUUGGUCGGCGGUGGGGGAUCGCCAGUGACGACCUUGUUUUCCCCGGCGCCUUUGAACUGUUCGUCCGUAUACUGUGGUGGAUUGGCACCAUGAUCCUGUUCACUUACCACAAGGGUCAUUUUGAUUGUAACGGGAGAGGAGUUCUUCACAGCUAUCUGGUUGGACUGUUGGUCGUGCUGGCGCUCAUCAUCCUCUCACUAUGUGCUAUUGUCUACGUCAGUGCCCAAGGUACCAUUACAAACCCCGGCCCACGGCGCUCCAUCCCCGCACUGGUGUACCUGCGCGCUCUCCUGUACAUCCCUGAGCUGGUGUGGGCCUGUCUGGGAGCUGUCUGGGUGUCUGACGACAGCAAAGGCUGCGAUCCUGCCACAGUAGGUGCUGUCAUUGCAGCAGUGAUUGCCAGCUGGAUCAUCCUGCUGUUCACUGGGUUGGGCGUGGUAUUUGUGUUUGACCCACUGGGCAACCCCCGUCCUCAGCCUGCUGCCAUGGAGCCACUGGGAGUACGAGACAUGGAGAGCAGCGAGGGCACCCAGUUCUUCUCCACAGCUCGCUCCCUGGCCGUCAAGGUGUGGGAGAGCAGGCUGCGGCUGCUGUGCUGCUGUCUGCCGCAGGACGAAAGCCACCGAGCAGCGUUCUCCAGCAUCGCACAGCUCUUCAGCGGAUUCUUCUCCGACACAGACCUCGUACCCAGUGACAUAGCAGCUGGUUUGGCUCUGCUGCACCAGGAGCAGGAUAAGAUGGAGCAAAGCAGAGACCCAGACGUCAUAGACACUCACAGCCCUUCCUCUCCCAUCGGAGAAGAUUUGGAGUCGGAGUUGGAGAAAGCAGCUCACUGUAUGCAGUUUGCUGCAGCAGCUUAUGGCUGGCCGAUGUACAUUUACUCCAACCCCCUUACUGGGCCCUGCAAACUCAGUGGAGACUGCUGCAGGAGCCGUGCGGCUGAGUAUGACAUCGUUGGAGGGGACCACCUCGGCUGUCAUUUUUCAUCCAUCCUGCACAGCACUGGUUUGCAGUACAGAGACUUCAUCUUCGUCAGCUUCCAUAACCAGAUCUAUGAGAUCCCCUUCUUCGUGGCUCUGGAUCAUAAGAGGGAGGCUGUCCUGGUGGCUGUCAGAGGAACACUGUCACUGAGGGAUGUCCUGACAGACCUGUCUGCUGAGUGUGAGAACCUGCCUAUAGAAGGAGUGUCUGGAGCCUGCUACGCUCACAAGGGCAUGUGCCAGGCGGCGGGUUAUAUCUACAAGAAGUUGGUCAAUGAUGGCAUCCUGAACCAGGCUUUCUCCAUUGCACCGGAGUAUAAACUGGUCAUCACUGGUCACAGUCUGGGUGCUGGCACAGCUUCACUGCUAGCUAUCCUCUUGCGCAAUUCCUUCCCCACCCUGCAGUGCUACUCAUUCUCUCCACCAGGGGGACUCCUGAGUAAAUCUUUAGCUGAUUACUCCAAGGACUUUGUGGUCUCGGUUGUGCUGGGAAAGGAUCUGGUUCCCAGAUUGAGCAUUCCUAAUAUGGAGGAUCUGAAGAGAAGGAUACUUAAAAUAGUUUCCAACUGCAAUAAGCCCAAGUACCGCAUCCUGCUGCAGGGAUGUUGGUACGAGCUCUUUGGAGGAGACCCAGAUGACUUCCCUACAGAGAUGGACGACAGGAGGGAGGAGGAGCUUAGCCAGCCCCUGUUGGGGGAGGAGUCACUGAUGAUUCGCCACUCAUCAUCCUAUCAGAGCCUGGCGUCAGAUGACUCGCCUGCCCACACAGCUGCACACUUACCUCUCUUCCUGCCUGGACGCAUUUUGCAUAUCACAGAAGAUGGGCCGUCACGGAGAUCCUGUUUUUCCCAGGUCCGGUACCGUGCAGACUGGUCCAAUGAAAUGGCUUUCAGGAGUAUUCUGAUCAGUCCCAGGAUGAUUGCAGAUCACAUGCCCGACGCUGUGCUCCGAGCACUCGGCAGUCUGACCAGUGACAGGCCCUUCUCCCUCUGCCCGUCGUCUUUAAACAGUAGCCAGCACAAUACUGUCUGAAAUGUACCAUAGAGACUGACUCCUUAUGUCUGUGCUCCCAGACUCUACGUAAUUUAAGCCCACUUCUUUUUGUAUGUAAGCCUUUUGAUUUUCUCCACACCUGAUCCAGGACUGUUUCAAAUACUUCACGCUCUUCAUUUACAUCUUGUUUGCAGGCUUGAUCCUAAAGCCCCUUUUCUAAUGAAAACAUUUGGAAACUGGAUUGUAAUGGAAGACUUGAAACCAUAGAGAUUUACCUGUUAUGAUCUCCAUGAAUGAACCUGAUUCGUUAACGUGUUGGAGCACAGGUAAUUUGUUAAAUUGCACUUUUCAUUUUUUAAUUCAAAGAAUUUUUUUAAAUUUCAACUCUUGAGUUACUCCAUGAGCAACUUUAUGCCAUGCUCUUUUUGAAUGUGCGUUGUGUACAAUAUUUGACAGUGCUGCAGUUUUACUGUAAGGUCAGUGUUCUACAUUUUAUGUUUGUGUGAGUGCUGUAUGGCUGGUAGAGGCUGCCCCCUAGUCACUGAAAAUGUCCGAUGUUGUCUUCCUUCUGUGUGGGGAGGACUGAAGAGCAGUCUGAUCCAGGAUGUGAGGAUAUAGCUGACUUUUACCUCAAAAAGUGGACUUAAGCAUUACGUCUUCAUUGUAUAGUAACUGUGGUUAGUCUAUCUUGUGUUUAAUAUCUUAAGACAUCAGGGUGAACAGUGCCUAUGCAUAUGCAGAAAAACAAGUCAACAGAAUUGUUUUACAGAAAAAUACAGUGAUGAGUGCAGUUUGUUUACAGUAAGUUUUGUUCUGCAUUUUCUACAAUGCAGGUUGAAUAGCGCAUGGUGUUUGGCAAAAAAUGAUAGAUAUAAGAGGUAGAAAGAUUGUACUUAUACAUUUUGUGGGAACCUGUUUAUUUGCCAUGAAUAUUACAUCUUUUUUUUCAGGUAAUGUAUAAUAAAGCUUGAAUCAGCUGAUGCUUGCAUAACUAUUUCACAUACUCAGUAGAAUGCAUUGGACUCCUUGAUGCAAAUAAAAGCUUUUAUGAAGCACA